UUCUCUGCAGAACAUUUACUCCCAACUUUUUUUUUUUUUUGGCUGAAGGAACGACGUUUUGGGCCCUUAACUACAAGACGAAAACUCUAGUCAAUAUUGGUUCAAGUCGUCACAUCAAGUCUGUCCUUGACUAACUACUUCAUUAUGGCCGUCAUAAGGAUUCUAAAUAGAAGAUUAACUUUUCCAAUAGCUCUGGUUUUCAACAUCUGCUUUAGUGGUAUGAUUGCCAGUUUGCAAUCCAAGACGAUAUACGAUGAUGAUGAGGACCGUCUCCUGAAAAGAGUAUUUCAGCGGUAUAACCCUGAACUACGGCCUGUCAUCGAUAAAAGAGACAAGAUAAUGGUCACGUUUGGAAUCUCCUUGCAUCAGAUAAUAGAUAUGCACGAAAAGAAUCAAAUACUCAAAACAAGUCUAUGGGUUCGACAAAAAUGGCACAACCCUUUUCUCUCGUGGAACUCCUCAGAGUUCGGUGGAAUACAAGAAAUAAAUGUGGACCAGUCAAAAGUCUGGAAGCCUGACAUCUACUUAUAUAACAAUGCCGACGAAAGAGUUGAUGGAGCUCUUGAUCGGUUCAAGACCAAGAUAGUGGUCAGCUCGAAUGGCCUAUGUAAAUGGCUGGCUCCAAUUAUCAUAUCAAGUUCGUGUAAGAUUGACGUGAAAUAUUUUCCAUUUGACAAACAGGCUUGCAUACUUAAGUUUGGUUCCUGGACAUACGAUGGUUUCAAACUCGAUAUAAUCCAGGAAGGUCCAUUUGCAGACACCAAGAAGUUCGUUAAGAACGGAGAAUGGGACUUAGUUGACUUUCCCGCGAAAAGAAACGAGUUGUACUACGUCUGCUGCAAGGAGCCGUACCCUGAUGUCACCUAUACCCUCAACAUCAGAAGAAAACCCACUUAUUAUUACAUCAACAUUAUCAUACCAUGUUUGGUCAUAACAGCACUCACGUUAUUAUCGUUUUAUCUUCCACCCGACUCGGGAGAAAGAAUCACAUUAGUCAUCACGAACUUGUUGGCAUUGACUGUGUUUAUGCUACUCGUAGCAGAGAUUAUGCCUUCUACCUCCGAAGUGGUGCCCCUUAUAAGUAUAUACUACACAUGUACCAUCAUGGAGGUUGGCACUGCCCUAGUAGCAACGUGUAUCGUGCUGAAGUUUUAUUUCCACAACCCGGCAGUGUCGGACAUGCCAGGAUGGGUUCGUCUUGUGGUUCUGACAUGGCUGGCAAGAUUAUUAAAAUACGACUUGAAGAAGAAGAAAGAUUCCCUCAGUAGACAAAGCUUCUUUGUAGAAAUAGCUGAUAAUUAUAAGGAACCUCUUCUAGAAGUAGCAGAUCACGACAUUUUUCAUCGCAAAGUGGAAAACCUGAACAGAGAAUCCACCAAUCCGGUUCAUUUAACGCCUGGCAUAUCAAGUGUACACCUUUCCCCCAACGGAAACCUAAGAAGAAACAGUCGAAAUGGCUCCAUCCAUACAAUUCCCGAGAAGCACCGCGAGUCAUUUCUGAGCAUGCGCAAGAAUAACAUUGAUCAUCAUUUCUCAGGAAUAAAUGAGAACUACCGCUGUUCUUGUUGUCACAUGGCGCAAACGAUCGACGAUCACGUGAUCAAACUAAUCGAUUCUCAAUCGUCGUUGUUAUCGAGCGUCAAUAAUCUGCUGAAACAAACCAAUGCUAAAGAAAUGCUAAACGAAAGUAAAUUGGAAUGGAUACUCGCGGCAAAUAUUGUCGAUCAAACUUGCUUUGUUAUUUUUCUUGUGCUGCUGUUUUCAUCGACAGUGAUUAUAUUUACCCAAGCAUACUAGAGCCUAGUCUCCUUUUUAGGCGGGAUUUUGAGGACGGUCCCCAAGAACGCCUGCAAAGGAGACUAACUAGAAGCAUUAUCUUAACACUGUAAAUUCUCGCUUUCUGGUUGGUCGAGAGCCGUGGUAAAUAAGAAGACAUACUAACAUUUUUUGUUUGUUUUGUAAUUAAAAACAAAUUAUCCGCUGCGCCUCGUGAGUACAUAACAUUUUGACCAACUGUCAUAUCGUGUCAAAUAAGAGAAAAUACGACGCAACAUGAAUGGCCUGCAUGGAAUAGACCUUCUCGAAUCAGCCAAAUACCGCUGUGGUUUUUGAAUACAUUCUUAUUUAUACAGGGUUAGGCUCGGGUAACUUCACAUGAGCCGAACCUUAGAGCAAAUUUUGUAUGACAGUCAAAAGUUCACGGCACGAACACGGUCAUUACACGGCAAGCGAUACGCCAGACCAAUUACAUUGCACGA